AUGUCUGAAUACGUCCGUGAGUACGACGACUUCAGGCACUAUGUCAUGAGCCACUUGCGCAGCUGUGCAGAGCAGGUGGGCAAAGUCAGCCGUGAACCCGGCAGUGAGGUGUCCAAGGAUGCAACCGUGACGGACAAGGGGGAGGGGGAGGAGGCCGAGCCACCCACCAAGCGCAAGCGCCUGCAUGGGCCCUUUGCAGAAGCGGCCUUUCAGAAAGGGCGAAGCGCAGAGGAGCUCUUCGAGAGGCUGCUGGCCCUGCUGAAACAGGCUCCGGAACCAGAUCCUGUCAAAGCCCAGGACGAUGAGGAGGUGACGGGCGAGCUGCUGUUGCCCACCAGCAGGGCCUUGGGACACUACCGUCGCGAGUACCGGAAGCUCUUCCAAGAAGCCUGGCUAAAGCUGCUGGGACUUCGUGUGCCUCUGCUCCACUGUAGCGCCUUGCUCCAGCUGCUGCCCACUCAAGUGAUUCCACAUCUGAGUCGGCCGCUGCUUUUGUCUGACUUCUACUUACGAGCUUUCCACGCAGGCUCCCUCGAGAUUUCUGUUCUGGCGUUGAGCGGCCUGCUCUUGCUGCUCACACGGUAUGGUCUCGGUGAUCCGGAGACCCUCUCUGCGUCUUGUGGUGAGUUCUAUUCGCAGCUCUACAGCCUGCUUCGGCCUGCCACCUUCCGACUGAAGCGCCGUGCGAGGUUCCAGAGGUUGGCGGCAGCGGCUCUUACUAGCGGCCUACUGCCAGGCGGAUUUGCGGCCGCCUUCGCCAAGAAAUGUCUCCGGGUUGCGAUCGCGCUUCCGGAGCCUGGGAGCAUUUUGUGGCUCCUGAGCCUGGCUUAUGGCCUCAUCCAGAGGAACCACAGCCACUGCAGCUUCCUUCUCCAUCGGGAAGAGUUUGAAGGGGUAUCGAACCUGGCGAAGGAUACCUUCGACAGCGAGGCAGACCUUACACAGGCUACCAAGCAGGUCGCUUCCAGUUCAUUGUGGGAGGUUCAGCUGCUUUUCCGUCACCAUUUGCCUGCGGUCUCUACGCUGGCGAAGCUUUUUGAGAGGCCGUUCUUCAAGCCUACAUCGCGGAAGCUGGAUCCAGAGAUCUUCUUGGACCAGAGCGUGGCGAAGGCCUACGAGCAAGCCUUGAAGUCCGCAGAUCGACAGGCGGUCAGGCUCAAGGCAAGGGGCACCACGUGUCCCUUGGCCUUCCAAGUGGAGGACGAUCCGCUUGUGCUCCGGGUGUCUGGCUGGGCAGCAGCCUUGUCCACAGGACAGCGGCGGAUCGGUGCUGGUCUCUGA